AUGGCCGAUCCACACGAGGUGUUCAUACUGACUUUGCUCAAAUGGUUGGGAUUGCCUGCCGGUUUUUGCGAACCUAAACAAAAGCCAACUGGUCCGAUGAUUCUUAAGCGCAAGUCUGACGGGAAAAUGGUCAAGCUGGUGUGUCCCGAUUGUGGCCGAUUGGACUUUGGAAGUGCCCAAGGUUUCAUUAACCACUGCCGAAUCGGUCAUCAGAGGAACUAUGCUAGCCACGAUGCGGCAGCCGAAGGGUGUGGUGAGCCUAUAGAAGUUGACGAUGCAGGAUUAGUGAAAGAUGCUUCUGUUGUUUCUGCACCUCCUUCAGUGGUCACGACGCCGAUAGCCGUUACACCGUCUCCUAUCAUCGUUUCAGCGACAACUUCUAGCACACACCCUCUUGUGAAAACAGCACACUUGAUGUCCAAAGAUACUCUAGCUCGGCCGAUUGUCCAGGGAGGCUUCAUACCCAAGUCAGAACGCAAAUCUGCUAAGCCAAGGAUACGCUCGCCGCAAGUACAGAACUCAGAUACACCCCACUUGUCUGCGCUGGUUCAAAGUCGAGAAACUGGCAUCAAUCUCGAGGAAGCCGUUGCUGAAGCGAAGCGAAGAGAUGAUCUGCAUGAGGAAUGGGAAUUCGACGCAUUCGUGGACUUUGACUCACCAUUGCCCACGCCUAAGAAUAGCAGGCAUCCACAUGUUGCUGGUAAAAAGCCAAGUGGUAAGUCUGUCAAUGCUGGUAGCAAUGCUCGCAAACCAGCUGCACCGAACCAGGUUUGCGCGAGUAUGAGUGGUUCUCUUUCCGCUGUCCAGACCCCGGCCGAAGAACAGUCAUUCCACCACUUUAUGCCACUUGUUCCGUCUCCAACGAACGAGUCAACUCAAGCACCAAGUCUAAUCGACGACGACGAAGAGAUGGAUCCUCAAUCACCGCCCAGUUCUGAUGAGCACGACGAAACAGACGUGCACUUUGACAUUAGGGAUGAUGAUCAUACAGAAGAGCACCAUGAACUUCGUGGAUCUGAGAUGACCGCAAAUGCGACGCCAUGUUCACAAACUGCGACGACCGCGCCACCAUUUGCACGACCUCUAAGCUCGAAAGGUAGCAGAUCAUCAAACUUUGUGGCGGAGAACCCAGUACCGGAAGGUGAAGGUGACAAGAAGAGACGCAGAAUAGAACAAUAG